GCUUGGAGGCGAUCUGGGCUCGCAGCUCCCAUCCUGCAGGCAUUCUGUGCAGCCCAGGACCCCCCACACCCCAAUUACCCCCUCCAGGACUUUGAGGAGGACCCCCGCGCGCCCCGCGGCCACAGGAGAUCCUUGAGCCGUGGUUCCCACCCUGGAGCCCCUCGGGGAAGCACCGAUGAGCGCCCCCCAGGCGUGGUGCCCACACCGCUGGCGGAGGCGAGCCGCGCCAUGGCUGGGGACACAACGCUGAGCGAGAACUACGCCUUCGCCGGCGUUUACCACGUCUUCGACCAGCACACAGACAGCGCCGUGCCCAAGGUGCAGUUUGCCCACGAUGACCGCCACCUGCUGGCCUGCUGCUCUCUGGACGGCACCAUUUCGGUGUGCCGCUUGGCUCCAGGGCCGCCGGCGGUGCUGCGGGUGCUGCGGGGCCACGACGGCGGCGUGGCGGAUUUCGCCUGGUCGCUUUCCAACGACGUCCUCGUGUCGGCUUCGUUGGACGGGACGCUGCGCCUCUGGGCGCCCAACGACGGCCGCUGCAUCCGCCGCGUGCCCGACCCCGAUGGCGCCGCGCUGCUCUGCUGCGCCUUCCAGCCGCUCAACAACAACCUCACCGUGGUGGGCAGCGCCCGGCACAUGGUGCGAGUGGUGAACAUCUCCACGGGGAAAGCAGCCCGUGGCGGCGCAGGGCGGCUGCCUGGCCGGGUGCUGGCGCUGUGCUUCGAUGCCCCGGGCCGCGUGCUUUGGGCCGGUGACGACCGCGGCUCCAUCUCGUCCUUCCUCUGCGACCCCGGCACCGGGCGGCUGACCAAAGCCUCCCGCGUGGUGGUGCAGGCGGGCGGAUCCAUCACCUCGCUGUCAGCCCGCGCCUGGGCCAGCCGCGAGGCGCCCGAUCCCUCCCUGCUGGUCAACGCCUGCCCUGACCGCCUGCUGCUCUUCCGCGUGGUGGAGGAGGAGGGCUCAGGAGCGCCAGGGCUGCGCCUCCGCCGCAGCUUCCCUACGCGGCACCGGGAGCAACCGCUGCGCAGCUGCUUCUGCCCACUGAUGUCCUUCCGCCAGGGCGCCUGCGUGGUGACGGGCAGCGAAGACGCCUGCGUGCAUUUCUUCGACGUGGGCCGCUCGGCCCGUGCCACCGUCAACACCCUGCAGGGCCAUGGGCACGCCGUGCUGGCCGUGGCCUUUAACUGCGACGAGAGCCUGCUGGCCUCCAGCGACGCCGCUGGAACCGUCAUCGUCUGGCGCCGCCAGCACGCGUGAUGUAACCCCCCUCCCCUAUUUCUGUCCCCCCCCCAUGGUAUGGCACAGACCCCCUGCUGCAUUCAACACGUGUGUUUGCAACUC